UAGUUAGUGCUGUUUGGGUUCUCGAUCAGUUCGGUCGCAUUUCCGUCUUUGCACCGGAAUUUUUCGUUCUCGCGCGUGCUCGCGACUUCGUCGGUUUUUCACGUUGUUUGCCUGUUUGCGUUUACGAUAGAAAUAUUACUGUUUCAGCUACUGACUUAGUUUUCUCGCGGUUGGCGCUGUUUUGGUCGAGUGGUCCGCUUUUGAGUGCACUUAUUAUUGUUUUUUUUUUGUUUCUGCAAAGCGUGGCCUUUUCCUUUCUGUUGUAGUACUUUUGAACUGUUUGGUUAAUUCAAUACGCGAGGAGAAGUGGAUGAACGCUGUCAUCAGAGGAAAAGUAGAAUCACUGAAAUUUAACACGGCAAGCGUAUUACCGCUCGUUUCUGAACCAUCGCUCGCCAACGUCAUAGUUAAGUGCGACGAAGAUUGGCGUAUUCUUUGUGAACAACGAUGCUUCUUCGUCGAUUAGUCAGUGCUAGUGAAUAGUUAUUAUUGGCAUUUCUAACGAAGUAGAAAAAAGCGUUGAUGAGACAGCGUUUUCGAUAGUUCCAUAGUUUUGAUAAUUUUGUAUAUCGUGACUAAACAGAAUUGUGAUGAAGAGCGAUCUCUCUAGACGUUGAAUAAUCCGCACGUCAAGGAAGAUCCUGUAUCAACUGUCCAGACACACAGAGGGGAUAAUCGUUACCGGCUUCGCAGCACUCACAGCUGAUAAUCUGACAAUAAAUCAUUUAUAUAGAUCCCUUCCAAACAGCAUUGAAAGGAAAAGUACCCCAGCAGAACGCUUACAGUACGCCCUCCACACAAAAGCACAAUCAAGUCAAUCGAACUUUCUUCGACGCAAAACCACUAACAAAGCCAGAUGCGUUCGAACAGUGGCCGGUUUCGAGAAGUCUCAGAUAGAACGAGCUUUACAGCAAAAAAGGAAAUAGAUGUAAACCAGCGUAUCUAAAAGUACAAAGUGAACCGACAACCCGUAGGAGCGUACCCAAUCAGAACGACACCGAAACCGGUCCGUUGUUGCAUUGUUCGAGCUAGACCAGAGCGAAAAAGUGCAUCGUCGUCGAGAAUAAACCGCUCUUUGUAGAAGCCACCGGACGCGCGCCCUCUUGGAACGGCGCAAGCAUGACGAAAGACGUGGAAUUUCAAGAUGUUGUGUACACGGUCAAUGUCCGGAAGAGCAUCAUCAGUGAAAGCCGAAAACAGACGAUACUGAAAGGCGUGAGUGGCGUCUUCCGACAUGGCCAAUUAUCAGCAAUCAUGGGACCCUCCGGUGCCGGAAAAAGCAGCUUACUAAACGCUAUCUCAGGCUACCGGAAAAAUGGAGUGGAAGGCACAAUGCACCUGAACAGAAAGGCAUCAUGCUACAUCACUCAGGAAGAUCAUCACCAACCCCUUUUAACGGUGGAAGAACUUAUGCACAUUGCUUGCCAGCUGAAAGUCAAAGGAAAGGCAAACUAUGCAGAAACAAUCACGGACGUGUUGUCCAACCUUAACCUCAAUCACCGAAGGAACGUAACUGCCGAUAGACUGAGUGGAGGCGAACGGAAGCGGCUGUCCAUUGCGCUGGAAAUGGUAGCGAAUCCGUCGAUAUUCUUCCUCGACGAACCCACAAGCGGACUGGACGAGGUAACUGCCGCUACCUGUGUACGGUUAUUCCGCGAUCUCGCCAAGCAAGGACGCACUGUGGUGUGCACAAUUCAUCAACCGUCUGCCAGUAUAUUCGCUCUGUUCGACCACAUUUAUAUCAUCGCGCGAGGGUCUUGCGUAUUUCAGGGCAGCCCUAAGACAGUAGUACCGUUCCUAUCUCACAUGCAAAUUGAAUGCCCUAGGCAUUACAAUCCAGCCGAUUUCAUAAUAGAAGUCUGUGAUAAUGAGUCGAAUGACGUCAUCCCAACUCUCUCCGAAGCAAUGCAAAACGGGAAAGCGAUAUGUACCAAGCUGCAACAAACAUCUGCGGUGGCAUCUACCUCAGCGACUGAGGAGGAGCCAAGCUCGCUUGAACCAAUAACCGAUUUUGUGAUCAAACCUACUGUAACUUCAAUGGUCUUGGAACAUCAACGACCAAAGGACUCCACGUUGGUACAAAAGAUGAAGCAGAUCACGCGAUUUUUCCACAGUCCACACGCAGUGUCUGGCUUCGUUCAGUUCUGGGUUCUGUUCCGGUUAAUGUGGACCAAGACGAUGCGAAAUAGGACGGUUCUUUGGAUACAGCUUGUCCAUCACAUAAUUUGUUCUAUUUUUAUCGGCCUUAUCUUUCUUAACGCGGCAAAUGAUGGAGCGAGAAUGUUCGAUCAUCUCAAGUUUUGUUUGGGAGUAUGUUUCUUCUUCUGUUAUACACAAGUAAUGGUUCCAAUCCUGAGCUAUCCUCGCGAAGUAAAGCUGGUGAAAAAGGAAUGCUUCAACCGCUGGUACAGCUUAUUUCCCUACUACUUGGCACUAACACUAUCGCGAUUACCAGUCCAAAUAUUCCUGAACGUAAUCUUCACAAUACUCGUCUACUGGCUAGCGGGGCUGCCAGCUGAAUUUUUCCGUUAUGCACUUUUUACCGUCGUCGGAAUGAUCGUAUCACUUUGUGCCGAAGGAUUCGGUCUCAUGAUCGGAGCCACUUUCAACGUUAUGAAUGGCUCUGCAAUUGGUCCCCUAGCGAUCGCACCUUUCCUCGGGCUGGCCAUUUAUGGGUUUGACUUUGCGCCCCAGAUUCCUGCCAUCAUGCAGUGGCUGAUGCGAGCGUCAUUCAUCCGCGGAGGAGUCGUGUCCGUAGUGCUGGUGGUGUUCGGGUAUAACCGACAGCGGCUCGAUUGCGACGAGAUGUACUGCCACUUCGAUGAUCCCAAAGUAUUGCUCCACUAUGUUCGGAUAGACAAUACGACGCUGCAGUUCGAGCUGGGAAUUUUGAUUGCUAUGACACUGUUCUAUCGAUUGAUGUGCUAUCUCAGUCUGCGAAGGCGAUUCUACAAGUGAGCGGAACAGACGUCCUUCCUACAGCGUAAUGUUCAUGACAAACACUAUUGUGAUCAUCUUUAUUUAGGUAAUAGAGCAAAAGGGCUGACUUUUCAUCAAAUGAUUUCUACACUGGCAAUGUUCUGGAAGGAGUUACUAAUAGAAAUAUUCCUUAGUUUAACAUUCCGUGGGUGACAAUGAACUUUUUCAUAGUAUAGUUUCUAUCCAAGGGAGUUUCUUUCACAAGAAACAUAUCAAACCAAAUAUACAAUGACAGACUUCACAAGACCGAAAAGAAUUUUUGUACUUAUAUACAAAG